CGGUCCCGAGCGCGGCGGAGGAGGCCAUGUGCGGGGCCUGUGUGGAGAAGGAGUACCCGGAUCGGGGUAACACCUGUCUGGAAAAUGGGUCCUUCUUGCUGAACUACAUAGGUUGUGCAAUGUGCAGUAAACGUGACUUUGUGCUGGUCACAAACAAAGCCACAAAAGAAGAGGAUGGAGAAGAAAUAGUCACUUAUGAUCAUGUGUGUAAGAACUGUCAUCAUAUGGUAGCCAGACAUGAGUAUACAUUCAGCGUCAUGGAUGAAUAUCAGGAGUAUACCAUGCUGUGUCUGUUAUGUGGCAAAGGGGAAGAUUCUAUCAGCGUCCUCCCCGAUGACCCUCGACAGAUGGCUCCAUUGUUCUAAGGAUCCUGCGGUAAUGCUCUUCGUCGCCUCGACAUUAUGCUGGCUUCCAAGACAGCACAUCUGAGUUUUUUUCCAACCUACUUUACAUUUUUUGGCACAUUUUUGAAUUGGCUCAGCUUUGAAAGUAAAACUUCUGCUCCAUACA